CGGCAGACGGAGCACAAUUCGGUUGUAAAAUUUCGGUUAAAAAAAAUUAUUAUGAUCCUGUCUUAUGUCGCUUUUGUUCCGGUGUUGUGCAGAUAAAGACGAGCUUUAUGACGUAUUGAACUCUAUAUCUAAUUUAACACAAGUGAACCUACACGAAGAUGAUCAGCUUGACUUUAAUCUUUGUGACGACGGCUGGAGUUGCCAUGUCAGAAUUCAUUUGUCCACGUCCUUGUGAAUGUGACGGCCUGGCGGUCGUCGACUGUUCUAAUCGCGAGCUGACUCGUAUCUCGACCGACGGUUUCGACAUCGACACGAGGAGAAUCAUAUUGUCAAACAACAGAGUAGAAGCGCUUGAAGCUUCUGUGUUCCACAAAACGAAAGUGAGGGUGUUGCAGCAGGUGUUACUCGACCACAACCGGAUAUCCCGUGUCGACCCGGAAGCGUUCUUCGCCCAGCCGGAACUGAUCGAGCUGGACCUGUCCCACAACGCGCUGACGGCGCUGUCCAUGUUCCCCUUCAGGCGGUGCUGGCGACUGCAGCGGCUCAUACUCUCCCACAACCCCUUGCACACAUUCGACGGUGUAGCGCCACCCCCGGCGUUCAGAGAGCUCUACCUGGAUCACUGCGCACUGAGGCACGUCCUGAGCCCGAAGCCACCGGCCGGUGAUGUUUCAGGGGUGGCACGCCUGCGUCUGGAUGGCCUGAAGCGACUGCAGGUCGAAGGGAACCCACUGCGUUGCGACUGCAGCCAGCUGGGCACCUACCGGCAGCUGGAGCGCAUGCGGCUCGCUAGGGAUACCAACUGCGGGGAUUCCCCAGACCUCUUCUGGCAGGCCGUCCUCGAGAGGCUCGACUGCUCGCCCUGUCCUCAAAAUUGCACCUGUCCGACGCACAGUGUUGCCAACUGCAGCAGUGCCACUCUGCGAGUGGUCCCACAGGAAGGCUUCAACCACUCUGUCACCACCAUUGUGCUCUCCAACAACAGCAUAGAAAGAAUUGAUAACGGUGUAUUUGCAGCAGCGAAAGUCACAGCCACUGAGAAGAUUCUGCUGGACCACAACCGCCUGUGGCUGCUGGAUGUGGGUGCCUUUUCCAGCCUGGACCAUUUGCGAUAUCUGGAUCUGUCCCACAACGAACUGCGUGGGAUCUCCAACCGGAUGCUGGAGCAAGCGUCGCUGUCUAACCUGGAGUCGCUGUUGCUGUCGCACAACCUGCUGUCGCACGUGGCGGACGGCGCAUUCUCUGGGCUGUCGCGGCUGAGAUACCUCGACCUGUCCCACAACCUGCUGACUACCCUCUCCACAGAUGCCUUUGCUGGUACCGCCCUCGUGUCCAUCUCAGUGGCUUCCAAUGCUUUAUCCGACCUGUCGUGGAUGGUCAACAGCAGUGGCUCCUAUCGCGACGUCAAUGUCAGCAACAACAAUUUGAACACGUUGUCUGCUGCAGAGGUGGCAGCACUGUCCAGACUCAGCGCCCUCCAGCUGGUGGGGAACCCUCUCCGAUGCGACGUGACGCUUCUGCCCGCGCUCUACGCGCUGGAAUCCCGUGCUCUGGCUAGGGACACCAAGUGUCACACUCCACCAAGUCUGAGGGGCCGAUUUUGGCAAAACCUGGACAGACACACAGCACAGCCGCUUAUGCUUGGUGUAAGCUCCGUCCCCAAAGAUAUUAAAACUUCAAAUACGCCGCCCCCGCCACAGCUUCAACAGGCAGGGUGCACACCAUUAUAUCUGUUUUUUGUAAUUGUACCAAUUACGAUCGCACUAUCAGUGCUACUGACUCUCGCAGCUGCGCACUUCAUCCUCAAAAAAUUGGAUGCUAAGCACAAAGGUGUUCAAGAAGAUACAGGUGAUCAGCGCUUGCAGGGUACCCCAAACGAACCGCUAACCCUUUUUAAUGAAGCCCCACAAGCUGGUCGGCACACACCACAUCGCCUGAUUUAUGUGAGUCAAACAUGAUAAUCUCGUCACCACUCACCUCUGGUUGUAUCACAGCUGCUGUUUCCUGAUUUAAUUUCGUUGGUGUCUGCUGUAUGUGUUACAGAACCAACUUAUUACCCCAGUAGUAGGCCUACAUUUGUUGUUUACAAUACAUUUAUGUUAGGUCAUAAAGAGCUGAUAAUUAUAGGUGUAGGCUACAAUCUCUUAGAAAGUCAAUGCUUGUUUUGAAGUUUUUUCACUUUCUGAUGCAAGUUUUACUUUGCUUAGUGUAUUAGACAAAGUUACUUACAGGUCCUCCGGGGUAGCCGAGAGGUUCUAAGCGCUACAGUCUAGAACCGCGCGACCUCUACGGUCGCAGGUUCGAAUCCUGCCCCGGGCAUGGAUGUGUGUGAUGUCUUUAGGUUAGUUAGGUUUAAGUAGUUCUAAGUUCUAGGGGACUGAUGACCUCAGAAGUUAAGUCCCAUAGUGCUCAGAGCCAUUUGAAAGUUACUUACUCUCACGAAAAAAGCAUGUGAUGAAAACGCCUUCUGAUGACCAGUUGUUAGGGAGCCUUUACUGCCCAUCCUGUCAAUGUGCCUGGACAAGUUUCCUUCGUGGAAGCGCAUAUUUAUGAUUGUCGUUAGGUGACGUCGAGAACGUAUCACACCUGUAAGCCAUGAUCUUCUUGCAUGAGUACGUUGUAUGUUACAGGGCUGUCAGCCUCUCUCCCACAGUGUACCUUUUUCCUCUUCUAUCCAUGUCUUAUGUGCACUCGAGGUAGGUUCAUCUACUUGGUCGUAUGCAUUCAAAUCUUGGAUAAAUAAGUUUCCAGUGUAUUUUGCGUCAUCUCAGAGAAGUUACAUGAACUCGUUUUGUUAGAAAUUUGGGUGCCACGGUAUCCACAGUAAGUUCACUGAAGUUUCAUAGCACUACAGCUACCAAGGGAGAAGAUAUUGUUGCUCUGAUUUUUAAAAAAUCUGGUAUUUUUUAUGGUCUUAAGAACCCCUUCUCCUGUCAAAAAAAAAAUGUAGGUGACAUUGGCCAUUGAGAUACUAAGUUACUCAUAUGAUGACUGUUGCGAAUAGCAUUACGCAACCAGGCCGGAUAGCUGUGUGCCUUAAAGCGCCCACUUCUGAGACAGGGGGCGCUCUGGCCGCGGUUUCAAUCCACCCGCCGUAUUGACGACGAUAGCCGGGGUGUUGGCCAGUAUGGAUGUGGUUUUAGGCGGUUUCCCGCAUCCCACAAGGUGAAUACCAGUCUCCUUAAACGCAUCAGCAGCAGAAACAACAGAGCAGCAGUACUGUGCAGUUUAGUAACAUUUUUAAGAUAUUACGACCAUAUCGAUAUCUCUCUUACCAAUCAGUGACUGCAGGUAAGAAUUUUGAAGGCAGCUCUUCUACUAUAGAAUGAAUCUCGUAGAUAUAAAAAUAUGUAAAGUACUUUGGUCCUUUCGAUGAUUAUAUGUUUCUUAAAGUGUACUCAAUCGAGUUUGUCUUAAUGCAAUGUUGUUCUAUGUGGUGUCUACCUUAUUCUUUACUUUACAUCCUUGUUUCGCUAAGGUUUUAUCGAAAAAAGCAUUAUUGCUUAAAUUUGUUCUACCUGCAAUAUAGAACUG